AUGUCACUUGCCAUAUUAUCAAAAUAUCGUUGCGAUCGUGCCCCCAUACCGUUCUACGGAGGACUACUCCUUGAAAAUUCAAAUGAACAGCGCACUAUGUGCAGCCUGUCCACAAGCACAUCACCCAAAGAUCGGAAAAAAGAUACCACUACGAUUGCCACAUCCUCUGUCAAUAAACGGGGCCGCCCGCGAAAACUGCUUGUUCACGCCGCAGAAACAGACAUGGCCGAACGACGACGACUACAGACCCGUGCCGCACAAAGAGCGUAUCAAUACCGGAGAGACGCCCAGACGUCAGCGUUGAAGAUUCGCGUCUCAGAGCUGAGCAUGUCCAUGCAGCGAAUGACUGCCGCUGUCUUUGCUUUCAGGGAUACGUUGGUCCAAUCUGGCGUCCUUGCAUCGCAGCCAGACGUACAAGCACACUUGCGCGACACGGUGAAGAUAUGUCAGAUCCUGGCAAAGGAUGCCACCGAUAAAGGCCAUCCCAGUUUGACAGGGUCAAAUCCCUCGCCGUACACAGACAGACUCUUUUGCCGCGCAACCUCACUUGCCGCCUCAGAUCCUGCUGAGGUUCUGGCGGCAUUAGAGACUCCUAUAGUAGACGUAUCCACCUUUAUUGAACGACUGCACAAAACAUGCCUUUAUAGUGGCUUUCGACGGCUGUCCGACCCGGUGGUUGGCCUAGACACGCUCCAAACGCAAUUCCGCUUUAUGCUAGCUAUUUUGGACAGGAAGACGCUGGCAUCUUACUUCGAGGCCGUGUUUCUUGCUAGAACGCAGCAGACUGGGCUGGAGGAAUGGAGCGAAAUACCAUUUUUCAGCCUGGGUGAUGCUGGCUCGCAUUACCGCCGACGUACUACGAGGCUUUCGUGCUCGUGGGGUCUGCACACGUCCGAUCGUGAGCGAACAACCGUUAAAGAUCCACUGUCAAUGCUGUCUCCUUCAGUUCGGGAGGAGCUGAGCGGCGACUGGUUUGAUAUAUGUGAUUUGGAGGAGUAUCUACGCGAGAAAGGAGUUCGGCUACUUGAAGUAAAGCCAGGACUUGAAGACUGCAGAAACGAAGCUCCGGCAGUUAAUGCAGCGGAACUGUUAUCAAUGUUGCAACGCAAGGCAAUGUGUCUGGGCCGCGCUCCGGGAUUCCGACGCUCUGAUGUGGAAUCGGCACUGCUGGGUACUAUGGCCGAGUGCCGAGCGUAGAACUUGAUUUCUGAUCGUGCUUGGUACUUUUAAAUCUCCGAAUGCUCAGAAAUCAGUAACGAGCCGAGGACCGACGAACGAUUACUAAGCGGGUUAGAUAGGGUUUGCACCUACGAGUAUGCAGAUACAAUUAAAUCGCCG